AUGUCAGCAGCAGAGGCAUCGGGUGCCACCACGACGUCCUACCUCGUGGGAAAUCUCCACUGCCCGUCAUGCGUCGCGCUGAUAACGGGUCUCUUGCGGGAGAGGUAUGGGGACAAGGUCCUCUGGGUCUCGCCCAACCUCGUCACCUCCGUCGUCACGGUCGAGCACGUGGAUUCCUCGGCCCACUUCAUUCACCAGAUGAGCCGGACACUCGAGGAUGUGGGCUUUGACGUGUGCGCAGUCGACUCGACGGCGGACAUCUCGGCCGACGACGACCUCGACGACCCGUCCCGGGCCGAGCAGGGACAGAGCAGCACCGGCAUGCCGGCCGAGCACGGUUACGGACCCUGGGGCCUGUGGUCCCGGCUUUGGCGCGAGAAGCCGGCGGCGGCGGCGGCGGCAGCGGCCAACCCUUCCAAGGCGGCGGCUCACCUCGAAAACUGCGAGGCUUGCCAGGCGAACUCGGCACGUGGCGGCGACAGCCUCUCGGAGGAUCGAGUGCGGCUCGUUCGUAACCAGUCGCGGGAAUCGACGCCGCCGCCGCCGCCAACGCCGGCUCCGUUGGAGGGCAUCGUCGUCGACGGCGAUGUGCGAGGUCGCCUGCACCGAGCGACGGUCUCGAUCGGCGGCAUGACGUGCGCCGUCUGCGUCAACACCAUCACCGACGAGGUCCAGAAGCACCCCUGGGUGUCCAAGAUUGCCGUCAACCUCGUUUCGAACAGCGCCACCGUCGACUUCACCGGCGCCGAUCACGGGCCAGACAUUGUCGAAUCGAUUGAGGAUCUCGGAUACGACGCCACGCUCGACUCCGUCGUUGACCUCGACGAGCAGAAGCGGACGGGUGCCGGACGCGAGGUCGAGAUCAAGGUCGACGGCAUCUUCUGCCCGCGGUGUCCCGAACGCAUCUCGCGCACGCUGAGCAACUUUGGCGCGAGGGUGGAGGUUCUCGAGGAAGCUACGGCGCAGAAGGCGCGGUUGAAGAUUCGAUACCGCCCCGACGCGCCUCGCUUCACCAUCCGACACGUCAUCAAAGCCAUCGAAGCGACGGAUCCCUCGCUCCGGGCGUCGAUAUACCACCCCCCAACGCUCGAAGAGCGGUCGAGGAUGAUUCGGGCCCGGCACCAACGCGAGCUGCUGUACCGGUUACUACUGACGCUGGUCAUGGCCAUCCCGUCGUUUGUCUUCGGCAUCGUCUACAUGAGUCUCGUUCCCGACGGGGAUCCGACGAAAGAAUACCUCAUGGCGCCCUCGAUCUCGGGCAUCACCCGGCUCGAGAUGAUCCUCUUCGCCCUCGCGACGCCCGUCUACUUCUUCGCCGCCGACAUCUUCCACGUGCGGGCGGUCAAGGAGCUGCGGACGCUGUGGCGAGGCAACAGCCGGACGCCCCUGCUCGAGAGGUUUUACAAGUUUGGGAGCAUGAAUCUGCUCAUCUCGCUCGGGACGAGCAUCGCCUACGUCUCAUCGGUGGCGCAGAUGAUCGCCGUCGCCGCCACGGAGGGGAGGGAUAUGCCAGAGGGCAUGUCCUACUUUGACUCGGUCGUCUUCCUCACCCUCUUCCUCCUCGCCGGCCGGUUGAUCGAGGCGUACAGCAAGUCCAAGGCGGGGAGCGCCGUCGAGGCGCUCGUCGAGCUUCAGCCCAACACGGCGCUGCUCGUCGAGCGGGACGCCGUGGCGGGCCAGAAGACGACGACCAUCGACGCCGACCAGCUCGAGGAGGGGGACCUGUUCAGGGUGCCGCGGGGCGCGUCUCCGGCGGCCGACGGCGUCGUUGUUGCGGGCGAGAGCAGCUUCGACGAGUCGAGCCUGACGGGCGAGUCCCGCGCCGUCGGCAAGGCGGUCGGGGACGCCGUCUACGCGGGCACGGUGAACAAGGCCAACGCCGUCACGGUCCGGGUGACGGGCACGUCGGGCAAGUCGAUGCUCGACCUCAUCGUCGACGCCGUGCGCGAGGGCCAGACGAAGCGAGCGCCGGUGGAGCAGAUCGCCGACGUCAUGACGUCGUACUUUGUGCCCGUCAUCACCCUCGUCGCCGUCGUCACGUGGGCCACGUGGAUGGCGCUCGCCUUCACCGGCCACAUUUCCGACGACGAGCUGAGGCGCGCGGGCGGACGCACGGCGUUUGCCUUCCAGUUCGCCGUCGCCGUCUUCGUCGUCGCCUGCCCCUGCGGACUCGCACUGGCGGCGCCGACGGCCAUCUUCGUCGGCGGCGGCAUCGCGGCGAACAGGGGGAUCCUGGCCAAGGGCGGCGGCGAGGCGUUUGAGAAGGCGAGCAAGAUUGACUGCGUCGUCUUCGACAAGACGGGAACCCUCACGGUCGGGGGCGAACCGCAGAUGACGGACGCCGUGAUCUUCCCCGACGGCGCGCUGCCGUUCGCCGACGAGCAGACGCUCCGCUCCGGCCUCAAGGCCGUCGAGGAGAGCAGCAGCCAUCCGAUGGCGAAGGCGAUCGUCGCCUUCUGCGGGCCCGAGACGCGGCCGGCCGAGCUCGACACGGUCGAGGAGCUGGCGGGCAAGGGGAUGCGGGCGACGUGCAGGGACGGGCCGCUCGAGAUGGCCGUCGGCAACGAACACCUCAUGCGCGACCUGUCGGUGCCCCUCUCGCCGCGCGCCGUCGGGCUGCUCCAAGGCUGGAAGUCGGAGGCCAAGUCGGUGGCGCUCGUGGCGCUCCGGGACGGCCGAGAGUCGACGUGGAAGCUCGCGGCGAUCCUCUCCGUCUCGGAUCCCGUCCGCGCCGAGGCGGCGGCCGUGGUCCGGGCGCUCCGGGGGCGCGGCGCGCAGGUCUGGAUGCUCUCGGGCGACAACGCGACGACGGCGCGGGCGGUGGCGGCGCGCGUCGGCAUCCCGGCGGCCAACGUGCUCGCCGAGGUGCUGCCGUCGGAGAAGGCGGCCAAGAUCACGUACCUGCAGGCGACGGCGCACGCCGGUCGGGCGGACGACGGCUCGCUCGGCCGCCGGCGCCGCCGUCACGGCUACAGCACGCGGCGGGCCAUGGUGGCCAUGGUCGGCGACGGCAUCAACGACUCGCCGGCGCUGACGACGGCCGACGUCGGCAUCGCCAUCGGCUCGGGCAGCGACGUGGCCAUCUCGAGCGCCGAGUUCGUGCUCGCCACGUCGAACCUCGUGGCCGUCCUCAGCCUCCUCGACCUCAGCCGCGCCGUCUUCCGCCGCAUCAAGGUCAACUUUGCCUGGGCCGUCGUCUACAACCUGCUGGCGGUGCCCAUCGCCGCCGGCUGCCUGUACGCGGUGACGACGCCCUCGGGCGCCCACGUCCGGCUCGACCCCGUCUGGGCGGCGCUGGCCAUGGCGCUGUCGAGCAUAAGCGUCGUGCUGAGCAGCCUGUGUCUGCGGUUGAAGGUGCCCUGGGUGGGCUUCGGGCACAGCCUCGUCGAGGUGGAGGUGGAGACGGAGCAAAGAGACGGCCGCCUCGGACGGCAGCCGAGGGAAGUCGAGCAGGCAGCUGCCAGUGCGUCGAGGACGUAG